UGAAAUGUUCACCAGAAGGUAAUAUUCAGGCAGUUCUGUUCUCUCGGUAGGUAAGCGCGUGUGUUUGUUUACACAGAGCCGUUAUCGACGAGGUUAUCGGACUCUCCAAAUGCAACUAAAUUAGAUAAAAAUGUUAAUCGACUUAAUCAAAAUGAGGUAUCGGGUUUUAAUCGCGUCACUUUGCUUUUUCUCUUCGAGCGAAUGUUUCUUGACUGAAAAUCCGAAUGUAACUUUAAUUCCGAGUACUUCGACUCAAAUCGUCACGGAAAGCAAGACAGACUUGGUUGGCAACAGUCCGGUCACUUCUCCGGUGCCAAUGACAACAUCAGCAAAUUUCAACCUAAAUACCACGACGGAAAUCAGUGAAUCACGGCCACAGUAUCCGCCUUUGCACCGAAUUCUCACACCUAUUGAAGAAAAAAUUCAAGCACUUGCCUGCGAUGUGCCCGUUUUACCUACGGAAUAUCGCAUCUGGAAGGGAAACGAGACACACGAGCUUUUAUUGCCGAUAACGGUCCCGACGGACUGUUCUCAAACGUCGGUGGGAUCUAAGAAGUUGGGUCAAGGGAAUUCGACUGAACCUAGUGUACUGAAUACUACUGAAACAUCGAAUUGCCCUCAUUCUACGACGCUGAGUUGGGACGGCUCAAUCGAGAUACAAAGUGGAGAUGUUCUUUUAGUCCGAAUUGAUGAUUCUCAUCUCAUUCAAUAUAACACAAUUAUGAACCAGGGCAACGACACUGACCACAGUUUAAGCAGGUUAAUGCACGAACCAACGACCGCUGUUUAUCAAGUGACCAGAACGGGACACGACCAUUGCGAUGUCACUGAAGGAAUUUUACUAGACAUCACUCCUUUAAAAGUGGAUAACCAGAAAGUCGUUACGUUGUACGACAAGGAUUUAACGUUGGGUAUCAAUCUUCUUAUUGUUGUCUCGGAAUUGUGGGGGAAUCAGUGUAUUCGAUUGAAAGUCACUGUGAAAUCUGACAACUGUGGGGAGAACGAAGACUGCUCUGGCAAAGGCAUCUGUUAUUCCAACGAUUCGAUGGAUGGAUAUGAGUGCCAAUGCUGUCUUGGUUUCGUCGGCCAACAUUGCGAAGAACAAGAUGCUUGUUAUCCUUCUCGGUGCAAAAAUAACGGAAUCUGUGUAGAUAUAUCUCAAGGACAUGAAGGAUCGACUUUUCAAUGCCUGUGUCCUUAUGGUUAUACGGGGAAAACGUGCGAAGAUCAAACAAAUGCUUGCCUAUCGAUGCCUUGUCAGAACGGCGCUACGUGCAUCGGGAAUGUCACCCAGUUUAAAUGCGAGUGUCUUAUGGGAUUUUCAGGACCGUUGUGCCAACAUAGUCACAACGAUUGCGAAUCCUCACCUUGCGUCCACGGGAUAUGUGUCAAUCAAGAAGAAGGGUAUAAAUGCUUUUGCCAGCCAGGAUUCACUGGAACUCACUGCGAGUACGAGUAUAAUGAAUGUCAAUCGUCUCCGUGCACAAAUGGGGGCACUUGUACUGAUCACGUGGGACAUUAUACGUGUAGUUGUGGCCGGGGCUUUACUGGGAGGAGGUGUCACAUAAAGGUGGACCUCUGCCAACCCAAUCCUUGCCCUGAGCCACGUUAUUGCGUGGACCACGGCAAUAACUACUCCUGUGAGUGUCCUAAAGGCUAUUCUGGCCGCGAUUGUUUGAUUCCAUCUCGAGCGGCUUGCAGCACCAAUCCUUGCACGAACGGGGGAACUUGCUGGAGUAACAUGGACUCAUUUUAUUGUGCUUGUAAACCCGGGUACACUGGCAAAACUUGCGAAGAUGAGUUCGUUGUUGAAACAAUAACGAACGUUGAUACUAUCAACAAAGAGAAUGAACUCGAUCUACAAAUGCCGAUCUCUAUUCAUCUUGAUCAUCUGCAUAAUGUUUAUAUCGCUGCUGGAACGUUAGUCUGCGCCUUUGUUAUUGUGGCACUUAUCGUGACAGUUUGCCACUGCCGGGUGAACAAAACGUAUAAGCGUUUUAUUUCGCGGGCGAAUCCGUUGUGGGGUUGCAGGAAGAGGGUGUCCCAGCCGUCGGCCACGACCAAUAGCGAAUGGUUCAGCGGGAAGGACAAAGCGGCAACGGCAACUCCUAGUCGCAGUUUACCGUCGUUGGACGCAACUGAUAUGUACUACACUCUAGAUUUCAGCGAGAGUCAAUGCUCGCCAUUGAUCCAGUAAAUGGCUUGAAAUUGUAGAUUUUGUAAGCCGUUUUACUAAAGUUUAUUUCGAUAUUAUAUUCAGUGUUAUUUGUGUUACUUGUAGCUUUUUUCUGUGGAAUCAUCGCUGCAUUUACUCGUUACCCUGAUGCACCAACAAAAUUUAUUGCCGUUUCUACACGUUUAUUACGUAUUUAUAUGUACAUACAUACAAAUAAAGAACGAAUUUGCUGUAUGAGAUACUCACGUGUUAAUUGAAUCGAUUUAGAGACAAAAAGUUGUUUUGUUAUAGUUUUAAAGUUAACAUUGCUCAAAGUGCUUUGUAAAAUUUUGAUAGUAGUCGCUGAGCACAAAAAGACAGAAAGUACCUAAUUGUUAGAUUUUUUGACAUGUGCUCAACCUAGUCUUAAUAAGUAUUUGCAUUUUGUAGCAAACAUUUACAAACUAAGGUUUUAUAGUCUCGAAUGCUUUUAUUUGCUGAUGCAGAAUCGAAGUGUUGUAAAGUAUGAACCUAACCGAACCUAACCUAACCAUGUGCCAAAUAUAGGAUGUAUGUAGUUUAAGUAUCACCUGUAUCUGGACUCUAUCAUAUAAAUGGGGCUUUAAAAAUUGUUACUGUAAAUAAAACUUAUUAUGUAGAUGUUUCUACUUUCCACAGUGCAAUGUCAUUCCAUCCAUAUAAUCAAUCACUUAUUCAUCACCAAAUCUGUUUUUAAAAUAUGAUAUUGGAAAUUUCCUGUUUCUAAUAAAGUAUGUCUAAAA